AUGGGAAAUUGUUGCUGUUGCCUGGCAUCUUUGUGCAAAGCAGCAGAAGUUGAUUUCAAACCCAAAACUAACACAACCGUUACCUCGGAUAGUCCCUUGUUGCGCCAGCCCUCUAUAAAACGCAAAAUUGUCACGGGGAUUUAUUCCUACGAAGCCCGAGAACAGAGUGAUGUCUCCUUCCUCAAAGGUGACAGGAUGGAAGUCCUGGAAGACUGGGAAUCUGAUUGGUGGCGAGUUUUGCAUUUGACCACCAGACAGGAGGGAUUGAUUCCUUCAAAUUUUGUUGCAGAAGAGCGCAGCGUCGAAAGCGAAGAUUGGUUUUUCGUUGACAUUUCUCGUAAAGAAGCAGACAAGCUCCUGAUGUCUAAUGAGAAUCCACGAGGUACUUUUCUGGUCAGGCCUACAGAAAAAAAUCCUCAAAGCUACAUAAUAAGUGUGAAGGACUGGGAUGAGCCACAAGGCUAUCAUAUAAAAUACUAUAGAAUCAAAUGUGUCGAUGAUGGGCAUUUCUAUAUCGUCAAGCAUCAGAAAUACUCAAGUCUGCCUGCACUGGUCACGGCUUAUAUGGAUGUAGACGUGGUCAAAGCUGCUAUAAUAACUAUACCUGUACUGACAAAGGUUUGCAAAAAGAUCAGACCACGACUUUACGAUUUGAGCAACGAGACUUCAAAAGCUAUAAAUUGGGAAAUACCAUUCGAAGACAUUGAUAUUGGUGAGAAGUUGUCAAGUGGAAACUUUGGCACCGUGUAUCUUGGUUUAUGGAAAGGUAAAACAGAAGUGGCCAUCAAAAAAUUGGACAAGGCAGAUGUCAAGUCGAUAAAUGAUUUUAAGCAAGAGGCAUCGAUUAUGAAGACUGUGAGACACAAACAUCUCCUGGCAUUGUUGGGAAUUUGUCAAACCGAUAAGGAUUUAUAUAUAAUCACCGAGUACAUGAAGAAUGGUGCUUUGCUCAAUUAUUUGCGCGAGAGAGGUACCAUGCUGAAGAAAGCAGAUUUGUACGAGUUUGCAGAACAGAUUGCAAGUGGCAUGGUUUAUUUGGAAGAGCAUAAGUACAUCCAUCGCGAUUUGGCAGCCCGUAAUGUUCUAGUAGACAAUUUGUUCAGUGUCAAAAUCUGCGACUUUGGUCUCAGUAGAGCAAUUCAGGACGAGAUCUACGAAUCUAGAAGUCGUGUUUGCGCUGUAAAAUGGACAGCGCCGGAGGCGCUUGAAUUCCAAAAGUACUCCCACAAAUCAGACGUCUGGAGUUACGGUAUUGUCCUUUAUGAAAUAUUUUCCUUGGGCAAGGUUCCGUAUCCGGGAAUAACGGCUUUGAACAUAAUUGAUAAUCUAAGCAAUGGACAUCGGAUGGCAAAACCAGAUUUGGCGAAUGAUGACAUUUACGAAUUGAUGCUGAAGUGUUGGGAUUGGGACAAAGACAAGAGACCAGGAUUUAAGGAAAUUCACAAGAUUAUGAAUGGGAUUUGUGAUAUCGGGUAUUGUUUUUACAAUAGUGAUGCAGCGGUGGAGAAAGAUGCGUCUUAUGACAUACAAAGUGAAGAUUUUGAGGCUGCAGACCAAUACUCCAAUCUCAAUGAACCUUUAUAUUUAGGCCACUUCUCAUAG